AGAGAGAGAGAGAGAGAGAGAGAGAGAGAGAGAAGGACAACCUUGUGGAGGCACAGACAGAAAUAGUGAGUCAGAGCGAGAGAGAAAAAGAUUUGCACUAUUUCAAGAAUAUUCUAAGAAUCAAAACACGUUCUUCACAUGCAGAUGGAAGGACAUCAUAUUCUGAGUUUCCCGAAUCCACAGCCCCCAAACCACAUACACAAUAACAACAUUAAAGCUAAUGGAGUGCUAAAUGGUCAGCCUGAUAAGGCACUUCUGAAAGCACAGCAGGAGGUGGACAUGUUAAAUCAUUGUUUUGAGGAGAUUGAGAUGUUUAUGGCAAAACUGCAGCAGGCAGCUGAAGCUCAGAACAUCCUGGAACAGAGAAACAAGAAGAAAAAGAGUAGGAAGAAGGAGGAUGACCUGCUCAGUGCUAAAGCUAAAACUCCUCCUGAAGUUGAGUUCCUCCAGAUCUUCCAGAAAUUCAAAUACAGUUUCUGUCUUCUGGCGAGGUUAAACUUGGCCAUUGCUAACCCCACUUCAGAUGAACUUUUACACCACAUCUUCAAACCUCUGGACAUGAUUGUGAGGACUACAGGAAGCCCUGCAUUAGCAGCAUCAGUGAGAAGUCCAGCAUUAACAGUGGGGGCAAUCACACUGCUCAAAGAAAACCUAACACUGCAAGAACAUGCACUCUGGAGCUCACUGGGGAGCUACUGGACACAAUCAGGGUUAGCAUUAGGUGUUUCUUCAUACACUCCUGUGUUUCUGAAUGGUUGGAAACCACCUGGGGCAGAGCUUGAGGGCUGGAUUGAUCCCAUCCAAGUAGAACACAACAAAGAUGAAGAGCAGGCAAAGCUAGCGUUAAGGAGUUCUGUCCAGCCCCCAGUUCCUCUGAAUCCAGUAGAGAACACAGAAGUUGAUGGUGGGCCAAUGAAGGAGAGAUUGUACAGCUGCAGCUAUGACUUUGUGGCUCGGAACAGCAGCGAACUCUCAGUUUUGCAGGGAGAGACACUAGAGGUGAUUGAAUCAUCUAAACGAUGGUGGAAGUGUCGUAACAGGUUUAAUGAAGUUGGUUUUGUUCCCUUUAACAUUUUGGAGCCUGUUUCUCACAUAGAGAGUCUGGGGCCCAACAAACCACCCAAGGCUCCAGCACCACCUCCAAUGCAGAAGACAAGCACUUUGCCUCUGCCCACUUCCCUUCGCAUGACCUCAGACCUCAACACCUCACGACCUCGCAGCAUUGCCCUGCCACCUCAACAUUUUCCUGAGGACACAGAGAAAGUGAUGCAAGUUAAUGAUGAACUCCUGCAGAGGCUGACCAGUGGCAAAACAGCAUUGUCUCGUCCAUUGGUCAUCCCUCGGUCUGCAGAUACCUCACUUCCUCUGGACUAUCACUCACCUCCUGCUGAGGUCGAGGCCUGGCUACGUGGGAAAUGCUUUAAUGAACCAACUGUGCAGUGUCUUGGCGUCUUAACAGGAGCUCAGCUCUUUUCUCUGAAUAAAGAGGAGCUUCGUGCUGUCAUUCCUGAUGAAGGAGCGAGAGUGUACAGCCAAGUUGCUGUCCAGAAAGCUCUGUUGGAGGAUGUCAAAAAGGCAACAGAGCUUGAGACAGUGAUGGAGAAACAGAAGAUGAAAGUGGAUUUUACAGUGGAGAGUGGAACUCUCUAACAUUCAGGCCACAUCUGUAUACCCCACCAUACAAACACCCCCACCCAUCCACCCAACAUGCAUUCCCUCUUCUCCUCUAUCACCUUACUCUCAUCACAGAUAUAGUUCAUAUUUACAGAUAGGUGUACAUGGUGUGGUGUAACUAAAAAUUCAAUAUAUGUAAUGCCUUUACACACACACACACACAAACUUAUUACAGACUACUGCUCACACACUUUUUUCUAUGUAAAGCUGCUUCGGGACAAUGUCUAGUGUUAAAAGUACUAUACAAUUAAAACAAAAAAAAAAAAGUACACAAAUCAAGUGCCAUUUUAAAGUAAAGAUUUAUUUGCUUUCUAAAUGUAAAUGUUAUUCAUGACUGAUGACUCAAUAUAAUUAUAAUAAAUUAUAAUACCCUU